UUGUUUGACUAAUUUCAUAUUUUUCGCCCUCAACUAACAUUCAUUAUUUUCAUAAUUUUCACAUGAUGAUUAUUGCAUAACACUGAAUUGAUUGAUUGAAGAGCAGAAAGAAAAAAUAAUUGUCUCAUGUCGAAAAAAGAGCCGAAAAAAAGCGAACCCGAAUAUAAGAUGGAAACCGUUCCAAUGGAUCCACGUUUUCCAAAUGCGAAUGUAACGCGGCAUUGCUGGUUUUCCUAUGUGGAAUACCAUCGCUGUCAGAAGAGUCGUGGUGAAGGCCAUGAAUCAUGCCAAUAUUUUAAUAAAGUUUUCAAAACAAUGUGUCCCAAUGCCUGGGUACAAAAGUGGGAUGAACAACGGGAAGCUGGUGUUUUUCCUGGCAGAAUUUAAAUUUGAAUGAGUUUAUAUUAUAUCAAUUAUUGUUAAUUGACAAAAUUAUACAAUUCUCAAAACGCUUCAUGCACACCCACACCCACCCACAUACACCUAAAGCAGCGCCACAUGAAAACCACUUUUUCGCCUAUUUAAUAUAAAUCGCUUUAAUAAACAUGAUUUCAGUACGUCGUACAUUUUUUUAUCGAACCUCGAAUAAAUUAUUGAUAGAGCGAUUCAACUCAGUUUAAAUGCGAAACGAUGCCAUUUUGAGAUUAAACAUUUUACGCUUAAAGUCGAAGGCUGAACUGAAUUGGUUAAGCGCGAAAAUUCUGUUUCAAGCAGUUGAAUUAUGCAUUUUUUUUAUUACGAUUUUUACUAGCAAAAAUUACUUUGGACAUAUCUUUAUAUUAUGCAAUACCCUGCUCAUUUCAUUAGUUUUGAUUUUGUAACAUCCUUUCGAAAGUUAUACACACUUUUGUGGGGAUCGCAGCAAAGUACAUUAAAAUCUAUUUAUGGUUAAAAAAUAUUAAUAUGCUCUACUUUGAUAGUAAACGAUUGUAACCAUUCAUCCAUAUAACUAACGUACACAUUUCUCUUGUAUGCGUCCUUGUAUCCUGUUGUCAUGCAACCAUCAAUAUUGCUUGGUCGAUCGCUCGCUCGCCCGCUCCUUCGUUUUGCCUUUUUCUUGUGCGAUUUAUUAU